UCUUACCGAGAAGAUGGAGACCCAGAGGACAAUAUCAAGAAAAGAUCCAAACUUGUGAUUCGAACUGGUUCCGUGUGGCUUCUACAUCUGCUGGAUCGGCCAACAAACUCGACAAUCGAUAGGGUUUGUCGCUGUUUCGAUUAAGCGAUCUCUCACAGAUCUCCGAUCCUCUGUUUCUCGCCCUGCUCGUACUGCCAAAAGCAAACUUUAUAGCAUGGUCGAGAUCCUCCGAGAGAGAUCAAGCAAUUAAAGAGAGAUACAUUUCUGAAAAGGUAGUUCAUGCCCAGUAUGUUGCAGCCACAGAGUGAAGAAAAUGAAACCGGGAACAUAACGGAACAAGGAAACGAAACGAAUGUCUCAAGUGUCACAGAUUAUCCAGAUGGUGGUAGUCUUCAUGUACCUGUAGGUGUCCCGUCUUCACCGGAAUCACCAUCCUCUUCACCUUUUGAGGAGGCCGAAGAUGGAGGCAACCAAUUAUCUGGAGCUACUAGUCCGAAUCAAUUGGUGGUUUAUGAAUCCAAGGGCAAUAAUGGUACAGAAGAAGGCCAACCUACCCAAUAUCCGAGCUUUUUAAUCCCGAGAUCUUUCUCCCCUUCCAAAGCAUCGCCAUCCAUCGGUGCUUUCACAGUCCAGUGUGCAAGCUGUUUCAAAUGGAGACUCGUACCCUCGAAGCAGAAGUACGAAGAGAUGCGGGAGCACAUUCUAGAAAAGCCCUUUUUCUGCGAAACGGCGCGUGAAUGGCGGCCGGAUAUUUCCUGUGAUGUUCCAACUGAUAUCUCACAAGACGGAACCCGACUCUGGGCUAUUGAUAAGCCUAAUAUCCCUCAGUCACCUCCUGGGUGGCAACGGCUGCUGCAUAUCAGAGGCGAAGGAAGUACCAAAUUCGCAGAUGUGUAUUAUGUUGCUCCGACAGGAAAGAAGCUUAGAUCAAUGGUGGAGGUUCAAAAGUACUUGGCCGAACAUCCUGAACACGUUAGUGAAGAGGCAACUCCUUCACGAUUCUCAUUUCAAAUCCCUAGACCUUUACAGGAAAACUACGUCAGGAAGCGCCCUGCUCGGGUUGUGGCUCCCGGCGACAAUACAAAAGCCCCCGAUGCUACUGAAGCAAAGCCGCUGACUUGGAUACCUCCAGAAGACCUCACAGACUUGCAGCUAGGUUUACAAACAGAACCGGGUCUCGACCCUUCUCGUGAUAUGCCGUCUAAGAAGCCGAGGAAAUCGCAGCCGCUGACUGGUGGUCUCAAUGUCGAAAAUGCUGAGGAUCAAGGAAAUGUCGAUCUGGACAAGACUGGGCAUUCCAGUGAGGGCUCCUGAUACUCAUUUGGUACCGAACCCUUCUUCUUUUUGCAUCAGAAAACAGAGAAAAACCUCGUAUCUUGUCGGAGUGUUCAUCAACCUGUUUUUGGUUUCUUGUUUUGUUAGUUUUGUUCAUGUCUGAUAGAGCAAGGCUUUGCGAGGUUGAGAGAUCAAAGGACGAGUUUCUUUUUCUUUUCUUUUUCUUUGGGUAUCGGAGAAGGGGGGAAACAAAUCACGUAGAAGAAGAAACCUAGUACGUGUUUUAGUUGUCUUGCAUGUAUUAUUAUUAUUAUUAUUAUUAUUUUUUUUUAAAUUCGGAAGCUGGCCGAAUCUUCGAUCCAACUA